CCGAGCGGGCACAGGGCACAGCCACCGCCGCCGCCAUGGGGAGCCUCAGCUGCUGCCUCCUGCUCGCCAUGGCCCUGCUCACCCCCUGUGCGGCUGCCGCCAGGAAGUGUGACCUGCAGGGCCUGUGGAGGAAUGAGCUGGGCUCCAACAUGACCCUCUCAGCCCUGGAUGCAUCCGGGACCUUCUCGGGCUCCUACCACACCGCUGUGGCAGCCACCAACAAGCAGAUCCUGGUGUCACCCCUGCAAGGGGCCCAGCAGCACUCCAGUGACAAGGGGCAGCCCACCUUUGGCUUCACCGUGCAGUGGCAGUUCGCAGACUCCAUGACUGCUUUUGUGGGCCAGUGCUUUGUGGACCGCCGUGGGAAGGAGACACUGGAGACCACGUGGCUCCUGCGGGAAGAGGUCCCAUCCCGCAGGGAUGUCUGGAAAGCCACCAGGGUUGGCACCUCCAUCUUCACGCGCAUCAAGUGAUGGGGUGGGGCGAGGACUGGAGCUUCCUGCACCCUGCUGUCCCACCUGCAUGCCUGAGGAUCUCCGCUGCCUUGUAUCCAGGCUGGGCUCCCACCUGCUCCCAGCAUCCUGGCCAGGAAGCACACCCUUGCCCUGUCCUACUUCCUCCCAGUGCCCCCCAGCAGCCUGCUGGUGGGGAACCUUCCCAAAACUUCUUGCCCCUGCACAUGGAGCUGAAUAAACCUUUAUCUGCCUGUCA